GCCAUCUUGUGACGCGUUUCGUUAUUGCUUCGAUCAUGUUGAAGAUAAUCGCUAUCGUUUCUAUAAUGCUACUUGCGACAUGGUCGCAGGCUGAAUCUAGGCGCUAUAAAAGAGAAGCAGCCUCGUCCAGAGACUCCGACUCAGGUAGUUCCUUAUGGGCUGCGAGCAUAUCUUGUGACUCCUGUGGUAGUGAAUGCGCGUCUGCGUGCGGGACACGCCAUUUCCGGUCCUGCUGCUUCAACUACUUGAGGAAGAAACGAGGACCUGACUCCCUUAAGUUCCAUAACUUCCACGACUGGACUGAUAACCUGAAGCCAAGGUCUUAUUACAUUGAUGAUAUUCCUGAUACCUGGAGCAUGAUGGCAGCGGAUUAUAAGCCUUACCCUUUCGAAGAUACCUUCGAAAAUAGACUGCAAGCAUAUGAACCAUAAAUGAACCUGAAAGGCUGCAAUAUCGUGUACAAUGUGUAUAUAGUGUCACUAUAUAAUAAAAUAUAUAAUACUUUGUAGUAAAUUGUAAGACAAAUUAUACAUUUAUAUCUUUGUUGU